AUGGCGCUUUUCGCUUUGGCCGCUGUGGUCGUGCUGCCUGUUACCUCUCAGCAGCAUGACUGUUCGAUUUUGGGCUGCGAAGCCGAUCCUAGCUUCCAUUUUCAGCUCCUGCAGUACAAGAUGGAGGCCAAGAAUGCGCAAGACCACUCGGAGUGGAUCGGGAAAGGUGGGAAUCUUAUCAGAUCAGGAUCCACAUGGGCUGUCCCUCCUGUGGACCUUUCAAAAGGUCCUACUUGGACAUGGGAAGCUCCCUUCGGUGGCCUUGUCCGGGGCUCACCCGUGGUGGACUCCAAGGGCUCCAUCUACCAGUCGACGAUUGCGGGGCAGAUGGUUAAGUUCUCGCAGACGGGCGAGGUUCUCUGGGCCAUCAGCACAGGAAAUGCCUCCUUCCCUGGCAAUCCGGUGAAAGUAGGAGGCGUCCUCUAUAACUUUGGGACUGAUGGUCAGAUGCUCGCUGUGGAUGCCAAUGAUGGGAAGAAGCUGUGGCAGACGCUUGCCUGCGAAAUGGCAAGUGGUGACACCCACACGAUCGUUGCAGGCGAGGGGGUCGUGCUUGCCUCGUGCUUGAACAAGGCCGAGAACCAGAUGUUUGGCUCAGCCACAAUGAUUGUCGCUUGCAAUGCCACGGAUGGGCAGGUCAUGUGGAAGUACCGCCCAGACAGUGGCUUGUACAACUGGAUCGGAUCGAUUCAGUAUGGAGCCGUUCUCUUCUCUGACAUGAAUGGGGGCGUCUAUCGCCUGAACCUCAAUGACGGGUCUGUUGUCUGGAAGGUGCCUGCUCCCGCUGCCGCUGUCCAGACCACUGGGGGCUUGUCGGGUGCCACCAACGGCCUCGUUUACGUCACGAGCAAUGUGGACAGCCCCGACGGACACGUGGGGCUACUCUCCGUGUACACCGCGGCAGAAGGCAAACCGGUCUGGCAACGCAGCUUUCCAAAAUUCCCAGCGAACUCUGGCCCAGCAGUUGCCACAGGUGGGGACACGCCCUUUGUCGUCAUCGCCAUUGGGACGAACCCUGGCCUGGCUUUGCCGAUGGGUGCCACGUUGGACCUGGACCCUUUUGAUAAGAAUGAUACCAGCGGAACGCAGCGUCAUCCCUCCAAGGCGGUUGCAAUGGAUGCAAAAGAUGGCCAUACCAUCUGGGAAUACCAAUUCCCCGACUGGCACGGGGCAGCAGCCGGUGACACGGCCGAUCAUUCCUGCUUGCCAGACUCCUAUGCAAACCCUUCCAUCGCUGGAGACGGUGCUGUCUUUUUGGCCGGGAUGUCCGGCACCGUCUACCGCCUUCUCGACAAGGAUGGGGACGGAAAGUUUGAUCCAGCCAGUGGUGAGGUCACAACGUAUGACACCGGGAAUGCAUUCCAGGCCGCUCCAGCAAUCAGUGAAGGCAUUCUUGCAGUGUCUCCCUGCAACGGCUUGAAGGCGUUCCAGCGCAAUGCCUCCGUCCUUGCCGCGCUCGUAGAGGAUCAGCUAGUGGAGACAGACUUCGCCGAUGGGCUGCAGUGGACGGACCUAAACGAGGACCUACUGUUGCUGGCCCUUCGGAUGGUAGAGGAAGUCGAGAUGGGAGCUGAUGGGCAAACGCAAACGCCUGCUCAAGUGACCGACUCUUUGUGGCGGCAGCUGAACCUCGACGCCCUGGAUGCUCUUCUACUCCGCUGGCAUCGCUGGCGGCACCAGCAGGGACUGCCCAGUUUGGCUCGCAGCGAGCUCCCCGGAAGCCCUUCGGAUCUCGAUCUGAAGGAGCUGAAGGAGGCCAUCUUGCGUGUGCCGGAGACAAGUGGCCAGGAGCUUUCGAAGCUUUUGGUGGAGAUCGUCGUGUUUGCGGAAGGUCUGCUGGGCCUUCGAAGGCCUCAGAAACGAUCAGUUCUCACUGCGAAGCUCCCGGCUGGCAUCGUGGAUGGAGAGGAAGUCCAUGUUGUAGUCCAAGCCACUCCGCAAGCUGAUGGCACUCCUUCGGAUGAGGUGCGAGUCAGCAUCGUGAAUGCGAAUGGGGAUGAGAUUGGAGUGCAACGGAGUCACCUGCACCUGCUUGGAAACGCCGAUGAAAUCCGUCGCGCCUUCACCUCCCAAGAGCUAGGCCUGGAAGACGGCAGUGGGGAGUCAGAAAAGAGCGACCUAGGAUCCAUACGUUUCUUCUUUUCUCUUGUCCUCCACAGUCUUACAGUCCUUCAUGCCAUCUGCUUCGUUUUACCGCUGAUGUCGUGA